AUGGAAAAUGGAAGCCUCUCAGCAGUGACUGAGUUCAUCUUCACUGGGUUCCCACAGCACAAAGAAGUGAGUCUCCUCUACUUCUUCCCUCUACUUUUCAUCUAUAUUUUUGUCGUCAUUGGGAAUCUAUUGAUCUUCUUUGCCGUCCGGCUGGAUACACAUCUCCACAGCCCCAUGUACAACUUUAUCAGUAUCUUUUCCUUUCUGGAGAUAUGGUACACUACUGCCACCAUUCCCAAGAUGCUGUUCAACCUCGUCAAUGAAAAGAAGGCCAUCUCCAUGACCGGCUGCCUCCUGCAGAUGUAUUUCUUCCACUCACUGGGAAACACAGAGGGGCUUUUUCUGACCAUCAUGGCUAUUGACAGAUACCUUGCCAUCUGCAAACCUCUUCGCUAUCCAAUGAUCAUGACCCCUAAGCUAUGUGCUCAGCUCUCUGCUGGCUCUUGCGUCGUUGGCUUCCUCGUCCUGCUUCCUGAGAUCGUGAUCAUUUCCACACUGCCCUUCUGUGGGUCCAACCAAAUCCAUCAGAUAUUCUGUGACUUGGUUCCUGUGCUAAGGUUAGCCUGUACGGACACUUCCAUGAUUCUGAUUGAGGACGUGACCCACGCUGUAGUUAUUAUCAUUACGUUUCUCAUAAUUGCUCUAUCUUACAUGAAAAUUGUCUCUGUGAUCCUGAGAAUUCCCUCUGCUGAGGGGAGGCAGAAGGCUUUUUCUACAUGCGCUGGUCAUCUCACAGUCUUCCUGAUAUUCUUUGGCAGUGUGUGCCUCAUGUAUCUGCGCUUCAGUGCCACCUAUCCCCCAGUUUUAGAUACAGCCAUUGCAGUCAUGUUUAGCGUGUGCGCCCCAUUUUUCAAUCCCAUCAUUUACAGUCUGAGAAACAAGGACAUGAAAAAUGCAAUUAAAAGACUCUUCAGUGUUUGA